AGGGACCGCCGUGGAGACACCGGGGGCUUCGGGCGGUGCCAGGCAGACGGCCCUUUCCUCGGGGCCCCGCCUGGUACCAGGAGCCCCCCCAGCAGGGGGACUGCGCCUGGAAGCUGUAAUGGAGGCCCUGCAGAGGCAGCAGGCGGCGCGGCUGGCCCAAGGGGUGGGGCCUUUGGCCCCUCCGCGCCUACCGCUUCCACAGCCUCCCCUGCUUGGCGCCCGGACCCUACCGGCUGAGGGGGCCUUGGGGGUGGUUAGGGCUGAAGAAGAGGAGGACGCUGAAGAAGAGGAGGAGGGAGAGGCACCCUUAGCAGAAGAAGAGGCAGCUGAGGAGAGCCAUCCAGGAGCCCGGUGUCCCAACUCACCUUCCAACCAGCCCCCUGGUCUCCAACCACAUGAGUGGACCUAUGAGGAACAGUUCAAGCAGCUGUAUGAACUGGAUGCGGACCCCAAGAGGAAGGAGUUUCUGGAUGACCUGUUUAGCUUCAUGCAGAAGAGGGGGACGCCAGUGAACCGGGUGCCCAUCAUGGCCAAACAGGUGCUGGACCUGUAUGCGCUGUUUCGCUUGGUGACAGCCAAGGGUGGCCUGGUGGAGGUCAUCAACAGAAAAGUGUGGCGGGAGGUCACACGCGGCCUCAGUUUGCCAACCACCAUCACCUCUGCCGCCUUCACGCUACGCACCCAGUACAUGAAGUAUUUGUACCCAUACGAGUGCGAGACGCGGGCACUCAGUUCCCCAGGGGAGCUCCAGGCUGCCAUAGACAGCAAUCGGCGUGAAGGCCGUCGCCAGGCUUACACCGCGGUCCCGCUCUUCAGCUUAGCAGGGCCGACACCUCGGGGAGCUCCUGGCCCCGCCUCGGGUCAUGGCCCCACCCCGGCCGCGACCCCGAGCUGCCCGGGUCCUGCCCAGGGUCCUGCUUCUGGCUUGCCUGCGCAGGCGUGCGCUCAACUGAGCCCUAGCCCUGUAAAGAAAGAGGAGACUGGGAUUCCACCCCCUCGUCUGGCACUACCUGUGGGCUUGACCUUGGAGGCUGCACGGGAGAAGCUGGGACCAGAAGAGCCUCCAGAGAAGAGGGCUGUGCUGAUGGGCCCCAUGGACCCACCUCGACUGGGGGCACCUCCCAGUUUCCUGCCCCGUGGCAAGGUUCCUCUAAGGGAAGAGCGAUUGGAUGGGCCCCUCAAUCUGGCAGGCAGUGGCAUCAGCAGUAUCAACAUGGCGCUAGAGAUCAAUGGGGUGGUCUACACUGGUAUCCUCUUUGCUCGACGCCAGCCUGUGCCAGCUUCCUUGGGUCCAACCAAUCCUCCGCCUCCACCCUCUACAGGGGCCCCUUCCAGCACCUUGCCCUGAAAGCAGCUACUGAGAGCUAAGAGUCCCAAUAUCAUUGCAGGGGAGAGAAGGUACCCUCCCACCUUGGUUCUUUCAGGAUGUGAUGCCCCCUCUGGGAUCCGGUCCUGGGAGAUGAUAGCAUGCCACCUCCACACCAAAGGGAUUUCUUAUUAUGUUCCGUCUACCUCAUUGCAAAAGGAGGACACCACCUCCCUGGCUGAUUCCAGCAGCAUCCGCCAAAGAGUUCUUCCCCCAUAAGCCCUGUCGUCUCCUCAUGUGACCCCUACGUUAAUGUCAUCUUUGGCACCCCACCUCUUUGAGUCCACUCUGCUCCUUUUCAGGGGGCAGGUGAAGGGUCGGAGUUGAAUGUGAAGAUGUCCCUUGGGUUGCAUCUGGAAAAUAAAGUUGUACUUGCUCCGUCUCCCGUGCCUCCUCUUCUUGUUUGGGUCUGGGAGGCGGAGGGUACACAGGCUACAUUGAGCUGUCCAAGUGGAAGGCAGAAUAGCAAAGCUCUGUGAGAACAGAAGAGCACUUUUUAACAACAACAACAAAAAGCAGGCUUUCACUGC